GAACAUCAUGUUUCUCUUUUUAACAAGACUCGAGGUUGGAUUUUAGAACCGCCUAAGAGAUAAUAUUGAUCUUUGUACUCUUUAUUUUAUUUCGAAGUAAAAUUUACCAAUCACGUUAUCAUUAAAAUGUCAGAAAACGAGAUAAGCCUUCUUAAAUAUUUUCUAAGUGGAGGAUUCGGCGGAAUAUGCACCAUCGUGGUGGGUCAUCCCCUAGACACGAUAAAACUGUACCUAGUCUAAUUAUAAGUAGGAUUAUUAAAUCCUACUUAGGAAUAAACUGUUUUUCUCUGAAGAGGACUGGCUCGAUAUGUUAGGUCCGCCUUCAAACUAUGCCCCUACCAAGUCCAAAUGAAGCAGUAUUGUAUAAUGGAACAAUUGAUUGUGCUAAGAAAACAAUCACGAGAGAAGGAAUACGUGGACUAUAUAAGGGUAUGGGUGCACCUUUAUGUGGUGUAGCUCCAAUAUUUGCCAUAAGUUUUUAUGGAUUUGGACUUGGCAAGCAAUUGAUAAAGAGAUCUGACAAUGUUGAACUGUCUCCUUUGCAACUAUUCUAUGCUGGUGCUUUUAGUGGCAUCUUUACAACUGUUAUAAUGGCUCCUGGUGAAAGAAUAAAAUGUCUUUUACAAAUACAACAGGGUGAUGCAAAACCCAGAUAUAAUGGCCCUAUUGAUUGUACAAAGCAACUUUAUAAGAACGGAGGAAUUAGGAAUAUUUUUAAAGGUACCUGUGCUACGCUUUUGAGAGAUGUUCCUGCUAGUGGAAUGUACUUUAUGACAUAUGAGUGUCUCAAAAAGUGGAUGUCCUCUGAAGACGGCAAAACAGGAAUAUUACAAACAAUUGUUGCUGGUGGUUUUGCUGGUAUAGCAAAUUGGAUUGUUGGAAUGCCACCUGAUGUAUUAAAAAGUCGUUUACAAAGUGCCCCAGAUGGUACUUACAAAAACGGAAUUCGGGACGUGUUCGUAGUUUUAAUGAAAGAAGAGGGACCAAAAGCAUUGUAUAAAGGAUGUGUACCAGUGAUGCUUCGUGCAUUUCCGGCAAAUGCAGCAUGUUUCCUUGGGUUUGAAGUUGCUAUAAAGUUCUUGAAUUGGCUACUACCUAAUGCAUAAUUUAAAAUUGUAUAAAAUAUCUGCAGAUAGUAUUCCUACCACUGAUAUAUGUUGAAUUGAUAAUAUAUUCGUAAAGUAUUCUAUCUUUAAUGAAAGAUACAAUAAUAUAUUUUUUUAUAAUAGCAUUCACUUAAUGAUUUUAUGAUGAAUUUGCAAUGAACUGUUAAUCUAUUUUAUCUUAGUCAUUAAUGCUAUUAUAUAAGUUAUUUUUUAAAUAUAGCUUAUACACAAUGUAA